CCAAGAGGUCGCUAGAUUCUUAUUCCUCCCACCACCGCCAGGAUCGCCGCCUCCACUUCUCUCUCUCUCUCUCUCUAGCUCGGGGAAGAAAUCCGAAACCCUAAAUUUGGGAGCUUUACGUCCAGCUGAGAAAAUGUCCUUCCGGAGCUCCGAUCGCAAUUCCGAAUCACCCGAGCACCGCGAGCAAGACCGCCUCUAUAACCCCUACAAGGAACUCCAAGUCCCGAUCCAAAACCUCUACAAGCUUCCCACCUCCCCGGAGUUCCUCUUCGCCGAGGAGUCCCUCCACCAACGCCGCUCCUGGGGCGAGAACCUCACAUUCUACACCGGCAUCGGCUACCUAUCCGGCUCCAUCGCCGGCGCCUCCUACGGCCUCGUCCCCGGCGUCAAGGCCAUCGAGCCCUCCGACACCAUCAAGCUCAAGGUCAAUCGGUUGCUCAACGCCUCGGGUCACUCCGGCCGCACUUGGGGGAACCGGCUGGGAGUGAUUGGCCUGAUGUACGCGGGCCUGGAGAGCGCGAUCGUGGCGGUGAGAGACGAGGAUGAUCUGUGGAGUAGCGUUGGGGCGGGGCUCGGGACGGGGGCGAUUUAUAGGGCGGCCAGGGGCGUAAGGUCGGCCGCAGUGGCUGGCGCUGUUGGCGGGUUGGCGGCGGCCGCAGCAGUUGCUGGGAAGCAUGCGGUGAAGCGAUACUUGCCGAUCUAGGGUUUUGAGUAUGCAUGCGCACAUCAUUUUGUAUUCGAGAUGUAGACUGUCCUUUGGUGCCAAAUUCGCUCCAGAUCCAAAGGCAUCCAUUUGCUAGGCAUUCUGGCAUAACAUUAUUGGACAAGAAGUGGAGAAGGAGAAGAUAUACAUCAUUAUGGGAGGAAGGAACAGGAAAUGAUGAAGAGCUGGAGCCUGUACUUAUUAGCAAUAUCGAUCACUUUUUUUCUUUUGAUUUUUACUUUCGGCUUCCAAAAUAUUUAUUAAAUCUUUCUGUUGAACAUAGCGAAACACCAUUUUGUACUCUACAAUGAGCAGGCACUGCUUCCCAUCCUAUAGAAUCUGGUAGACAUUUGGAGUCUCUGUUAAUCUCGAAUUUGCUCCUGUUGAAUCUAUUGCAGCUGUUGCCAUGUUAGCGUAGAAUUGACAACGGGAUAUUAUAUUCAGAAGGCAUUCGGCCUGACAAUGUGUGAAAUUAUUGAAAGCAGUUACAUGAGCAUGGCACGCUCGAU